AUGGCAGAAGAACAUCAGAGGGAACCUCCCUGCGAAAGCAGCCCAAGACGGUUCGCCCGUCUCACCAACAAUCCAGCUGCACGACGCGCUGAAAUGAAAACAGGACUGCUGCAAAUCAUUUAUGCUAACCCUUUUGCAGGUCUUGACCAUGAGGAUCCAUACACACACCUCACAAAGUUUUAUGAGAUCGCUGGUACGUUAGGAGCUCCUGAGGCGGAAGAGGAAGCCGUGUUUAUGAGACUCUUUCCAUAUUCAUUGAUCGGAAAAGCGAAAGACUGGUAUCUUGACCAAUCAACAGAGACAAUGACCAACUGGAAUGUCUUGGAAAAGCACUUUCUCAACAGGUUCUUCUCUCACAAUCGAUUUAUGGACGCAAAGACAGUAAUAGCAACAUUCACUCAAGCGACAAAUGAAACCUUGUGCGAGGCUUGGGAGCGUUAUAAAUCCAUGUUACGAAAGUGUCCAAAUCACAGCUUCGAUAGCCUGUCACAAGUCCAUAUUUUCCGUAAUGGACUACUACCUCAACCGAAACUUCUACUCGAUGCAACAGCCGGCGGUUCUUUACUCGCAAAAAGUGCAGAGGAAGCAGUCGCAAUUAUUGAUAGGAUGGCCCUCACAGACCAUCAAGUUCAACAUAAUCGAGGUGUUGUCCAAAGGAAACCAGGAGUACUGGAAUUAGGAACGAACGAUGCAAUUUUAGCACAAAACAAACUCCUCACUCAAACCGUUGAGGAACUAACAAAACAGCUGUCCAAACUUCCUCAACAACUCAAAGAAAUGCAUGCUCCGGCAAGCUCUUCACAUCAAGUGGCUUAUUGCGAAUUAUGCACUGGAGAUCAUCAGACUGGUUUUUGCCCUCCACCCAAUGAGGAAGUUAAUUACAUGGGAAAUCAGCAAAGGACAACACCGUAUCAAAACAGUCAGAAUUUCCAACGAGGAAACAACGCCAAUUAUGGUCAGGGGUGGAGACAAGACACCGGAACUGCAAACAGACCACAUCAAUACCAAAGUUAUCAACAACCACAGAAUCCAAAUCAACCCGACAGAACUGCCAAACUUGAAGAUACACUGCAAUAA